AUGUUCACCGGACGAUCAACACUGACAGCUGCAUACAGGCUUAAGCAGACCAUGACUCAUCUGGCUUCGUCUAGCCAUAUGCGUGUCUGCACUGCUACGCUUGCAACCUCUUCCAAAAACAGUGCAUCAGUUGGUGUCAAUUUCAAAAAAAUGCAAUCCAUUCGCAAGUUUGAGCUCGAUCGCCCUGCUGCCAUGAAUGCUCUCAACCUCGACAUGGUGUACGCAAUCACCUCCCAACUCAAGACUUGGAAGGAUUCUGAUCUAUGCAAAGUGAUUGUUCUUGCCAAUGUGGAAGGCAGUCGAGCAUUCUGUGCAGGUGGAGAUGUCAAGACUUUGGUCUUGAAAGCCUCGAGUGGCAAACCUGAAGAUAUUGCUCAAUCUUGCAAGUUUAUGGAAGAAGAGUAUAAACUCAAUCAUAUGAUUGCUACUCUUAAACUUCCAUUUGUAAGCAUAAUGGAUGGUAUCACCAUGGGUGGCGGUGUUGGUCUUUCAGUUCAUGGAUCGUUCCGUAUUGCAACAGAAAAAACAUUGUUUGCCAUGCCCGAGACUGCUAUUGGUUUAUUUCCUGAUGUUGGCGGUAGUUUUUUUCUACCUCGUCUUGAUGGAGAACUUGGUACUUUUUUGGGUCUAACGGGUCAUCGUCUGAAAGGCGAAGAAGUCUUUAUUGCUGGUAUUGCUUCGCACUUUAUCCCUUCUUCGCGCCUGUCGUCAUUGUAUUCUCGUCUCCAGGAACUUGAUACAAACAAUAUAGAUGUUGUCAAUGCCGCUAUUGAUGAAUUUUCUGGCGACUUUACGACCGACAUGUUUCGCAACUGGUCGCUUGGAGGCGAAGUUGGACGUACUAUUGAUAGGUGCUUCAAGUACAACACCAUUGAGGAGAUUUUUGCCGCACUUGAAAAAGACCCAAAUACAGAGUGGUGCCAAAAACAACUUCAAGUGAUGCGUAAAUGCUCACCUACAAGUCUCAAAGCUACAUUGAUGCAACUGCGUAAAGGGGCUAAAAAAAGUAUUGCAGAUUGCUUAAAGAUGGAGUAUCGUAUGGUUCGCGCAUUUAUGGAAGGACCGGAUUUCCAUCAGGGAGUGACGGCUGCUUUGAUCAACAAACCAGCAACUCGACCAAACUGGAAACCUGAUAUAGAUCAUAUGAACGAAAUAAGUGCAUCGAUGGUGGAAAAAAAGUACUUUGCGGCAGAUCAGGGAAAACAGCUUGAACUCUUUACUAAUUCGACCUACUAUGACUACCCUCAUCGAUCUCUAUCUGGACUUCCAACCGAUCGGGACAUUCGUCGUGUCGUUUACGGUGACAUUUCAAAUGUGAACAAGUCGGGCAGUUUAAAAACCAAAUCGGACAUUUUGCAGUGGUUUAUGCAAAACUGGGGAAAAUAUGAUUCUCUAGCCAUGUCUGAACAUACACCACCACUAAAACUCGAUUUGGGCGGAGGAUUAGGUCGAGGAAAGGUUGGACUUAAAGCCAAAGUUGAAUCGGUACUCGAAACCCAUACCGAACAACAAGCCAACCAUCUUGAAUGGAAAUACUGA